AUGGCGGACACCGACCUGUUUAUGGAAUGUGAGGAGGAGGAGCUGGAGCCAUGGCAGAAAAUCAGUGAUGUCAUUGAGGAUUCUGUAGUUGAAGAUUAUAAUUCAGUGGAUAAAACUACUACAGUUUCUGUGAGCCAGCAGCCAGUCUCAGCUCCAGUGCCCAUCGCUGCCCAUGCUUCUGCUGCUGGGCACCUCCCUACAUCCACCACCGUUAGUAGCAGCGGGGCACAGAACAGCGACAGUACAAAGAAGACUCUGGUCACACUAAUUGCCAACAACAAUGCUGGCAAUUCUUUGGUCCAACAAGGUGGACAGCCGCUCAUCCUAACCCAGAAUCCAGCCCCAGGUCUGGGCACAAUGGUUAGUCAACCAGUAUUGAGGCCUGUCCAGGUCAUGCAGAAUGCCAAUCAUGUGACUAGUUCUCCUGUGGCCUCACAACCAAUUUUCAUCACUACUCAGGGAUUUCCUGUAAGAAAUGUUCGGCCUGUACAAAAUGCAAUGAAUCAGGUUGGGAUUGUGCUGAACGUACAGCAAGGCCAAACGGUUAGACCAAUUACACUAGUCCCAGCCCCAGGUACCCAGUUUGUUAAGCCGACAGUUGGAGUCCCACAAGUGUUCUCUCAGAUGACCCCAGUGAGGCCAGGAUCCACAAUGCCUGUGCGGCCCACCACCAACACCUUCACCACCGUCAUCCCAGCCACUCUCACCAUUCGAAGCACCGUCCCACAGUCCCAGUCCCAGCAGACCAAGUCCACUCCCAGCACUUCCACCACUCCCACCGCCACACAGCCAACCUCACUGGGACAACUAGCUGUUCAGCCGCCAGGCCAAGCCAACCAGACCUCGAAUCCCAAGCUAGCUCCCUCCUUCCCCUCUCCACCUGCAGUGAGCAUUACCAGCUUUGUCACUGUGAAGCGACCUGGGGUUACAGGUGAAAAUAGCAAUGACGUGGCCAAACUGGUGAAUACCCUUAACACCAUCCCUUCCCUGGGCCAGAGUCCCGGGCCAGUGGUGGUGUCCAACAACAACUCUUCCCAUGGCUCUCAGAGAACCAGCGGACCUGAGUCUUCAAUGAAAGUGACCUCUUCCAUCCCCGCGUUUGAUCUCCAAGAUGGUGGCCGGAAAAUGUGUCCACGGUGUAACGCUCAAUUCCGUGUGACUGAAGCUUUGAGAGGUCACAUGUGUUACUGCUGCCCAGAAAUGGUUGACUUCCAGAAGAAAGGGAAGUCUCCGGAUUCAGAACCCAAUGUCCCAUCAGCAGCAAAGCCCUCAUCCCCUGAGAAAACAGUUCCUGUUGCUUCCACACCCUCUUCAACACCAAUUCCUGCUCUGUCACCGCCUACCAAAGUACCAGAGCCAAAUGAGAACGUGGGUGAUGCUGUCCAGACCAAGCUCAUUAUGCUAGUGGAUGACUUCUACUAUGGACGGGACGGUGGCAAAGUAGCCCAACUCACAAACUUCCCUAAGGUCGCUACAUCCUUCCGAUGUCCACAUUGUACCAAAAGGCUAAAAAACAACAUUCGAUUCAUGAACCAUAUGAAACACCAUGUAGAACUUGAUCAGCAGAAUGGUGAAGUGGAUGGUCAUACUAUCUGCCAACACUGUUAUCGCCAGUUUUCCACUCCCUUCCAGCUCCAGUGCCACUUGGAAAAUGUUCAUAGUCCUUAUGAAUCAACUACCAAGUGCAAGAUCUGUGAGUGGGCAUUUGAGAGUGAGCCACUAUUUCUGCAGCAUAUGAAGGAUACGCAUAAGCCUGGAGAGAUGCCUUAUGUUUGCCAGGUGUGUCAGUAUCGCUCCUCACUCUACUCUGAGGUAGAUGUCCAUUUUCGGAUGAUUCAUGAGGAUACUCGGCAUCUGCUGUGCCCGUACUGCCUGAAGGUCUUCAAAAACGGCAACGCAUUCCAACAGCAUUACAUGAGGCACCAGAAGAGGAACGUUUAUCACUGCAACAAAUGCCGGCUGCAGUUUCUCUUUGCCAAGGACAAAAUUGAACACAAGCUUCAGCACCAUAAAACCUUCCGUAAACCCAAGCAGCUGGAAGGUUUGAAACCAGGCACCAAGGUGACAAUCCGGGCUUCCCGAGGGCAGCCACGAACUCUUCCUGUCUCCAGUGACGCACCUCCCAGCACCUUGCAGGAGGCAGGACCACUGACCUCAUCCACGGACCCUCUGCCAGUCUUCCUUUAUCCCCCCGUCCAGCGCAACAUCCAGAAGAGAGCUGUUAGGAAAAUGAGUGUCAUGGGCCGGCAGACAUGUCUGGAGUGCAGCUUUGAGAUCCCAGAUUUCCCAAACCAUUUUCCUACAUAUGUUCACUGCUCUCUGUGUCGCUAUAGCACCUGCUGUUCUCGAGCUUAUGCCAAUCACAUGAUCAACAAUCAUGUUCCACGGAAGAGCUCCAAGUAUUUGGCUUUAUUUAAAAAUUCUGUGAGCGGAAUCAGGCUGUACUGCACUUCUUGUACCUUUGUUACCUUUGUGGGAGAUGCCAUGGCCAAGCAUUUGGUAUUCAAUCCCUCUCACAGAUCCAGCAGCAUUCUGCCACGAGCACUCUCUUGGAUGUCUCACUCAAGGCACAGCCAGACUCGUGACCGGGUGAAUGACCGGAACGUGAAGAAUAUGUACCCUCCUCCUUCCUUACCCUCUAAUAAAGCUUCCACUGUGAAAUCUGCCGAGCCCACCCCAGCUGAGCCUGAAGAGCUAUCAACACCCAUGGCCCAGGCACUCCCAUCACCAGCUUCAACUGCAACCCCACCACCAACCCCCACACACCCCCAGCCAUUAGCCCUCCCACCCUUGGCUACAGAGGAGGCUGAAUGUCUGAAUGUUGAUGACCAGGAUGAAGGGAGCCCAGUCACCCAGGAACCUGAGCCAGCCUCAGGGGGUGGGAGUAGCAGUGGGAUUGGCAAGAAGGAACAGCUGUCUGUGAAGAAGCUUCGAGUAGUACUGUUUGCCCUAUGCUGUAAUACUGAACAGGCAGCCGAACACUUCCGGAACCCGCAGCGACGCAUCCGCCGUUGGCUUCGGCGCUUCCAGGCAUCCCAGUGGGAGAAUCUGGAAGGCAAAUAUCUGAGCUUUGAGGCAGAAGAGAAACUGGCUGAGUGGGUGCUGACCCAGCGAGAGCAACAGCUUCCGGUCAAUGAGGAGACCUUGUUCCAGAAGGCCACCAAAAUAGGGCGUUCUUUGGAGGGGGGGUUUAAGAUCUCUUACGAGUGGGCUGUGCGUUUCAUGCUACGGCACCACUUGACUCCCCAUGCCCGGCGUGCCGUGGCCCACACCCUGCCUAAGGAAGUAGCAGAGAAUGCAGGACUCUUCAUUGAAUUUGUACAACGGCAAAUUCACAACCAGGACUUACCCUUGUCUAUGAUUGUGGCCAUUGAUGAGAUCUCCUUGUUUCUGGAUACAGAGGUAUUGAGCAGUGAUGACCGAAAGGAGAACGCCCUGCAGACAGUGGGCACAGGGGAACCUUGGUGUGAUGUGGUGCUGGCCAUUCUGGCCGAUGGCACUGUCCUCCCCACCCUGGUUUUCUACCGAGGACAAAUGGACCGGCCCGCUAAUGUGCCAGACUCUAUAUUGCUAGAGGCAAAGGAAAGUGGCUACAGUGAUGAUGAGAUCAUGGAGCUGUGGUCAACCCGAGUGUGGCAGAAGCACACCGCUUGCCAGCGCAGCAAAGGCAUGCUCGUGAUGGACUGUCAUCGCACUCACCUGUCCGAGGAGGUGCUGGCCAUGCUCAGUGCCUCUAGCACUUUGCCUGCAGUGGUCCCGGCAGGCUGUAGCUCCAAAAUCCAGCCAUUAGACGUAUGCAUCAAACGAACAGUCAAGAACUUCCUGCACAAAAAGUGGAAGGAGCAGGCUCGGGAAAUGGCAGAUACUGCGUGUGAUUCUGAUGUCCUGCUGCAACUGGUGGUGGUCUGGCUGGCCGAGGUACUGGCUGUCAUUGGGGACUGUCCAGAGCUGGUUCAGCGAUCCUUCCUUGUGGCUAGUGUUCUGCCUGGCCCUGACGGCAACAUUAACUCACCUACAAGAAAUGCUGACAUGCAGGAGGAGCUAAUUGCCUCCCUAGAGGAGCAACUGAAGCUGAGCGGGGAGCAGUCUGAGGAGCACUCGGCUUCCACCCCCCGACCCAGGUCAUCUCCCGAAGAGACAGCUGAGCCUGAAAGCCUUCACCAGCUCUUUGAGGGUGAAAGCGAGACCGAGUCCUUCUAUGGCUUUGAAGAAGCUGACCUAGAUCUGAUGGAGAUUUGAGUGUUGGGGUCUUGAGGGCGUAUGAAGUGGGGGUGGGAAAGUGUGAGGGAGGGUAGAGGGGCUUAGGGGAAAGGGGGUAUACCAGGUGGGGUAUUUGGUUUAUAUUUUUUAAUUUUAUGCCACCACUGCCCCCUGAUGUUGACUUAUACUUCCCUGUGGAUUUGUGGAUUAUUAGGAAAACCAAUAGUAAUCACAUCUGAGCCGAAGAGCUGGCCCAUUGGUCAUUCAUUUAUGAUGAUAACAGGUUUUUGUGAAUUUUUGAAAAAAUUUAAAUCACUGUGUUUGGUAUUUUUCUGACAAAACAAGAAAAGAAAAAAAAAUCCUUUGUGGACGAAUGUUAAUUUUUUUUGUUUCCCCUUUUACCUCAAUUGUAUUAUAGUACAUCUGGUUUGUUUUACUGUGUGGCCAAUGUCUGGGCAUGAUGCUAUCCAACCAUUGUCAAUGUGAGAACAUUUCUGAAGAUGGGAAAGAAAAAUUGUAGCUCACAAACUGGUUUAUUAUAUAUAUGGAUAAACUUU